AUGCAGGAGUCCAUUGACUGUGUGUUCGAGGUGGCGUCGUCGAUGGGCCUCACGGUCAAUCAUACCAAGAGCUCCGUCUUGUCGAUGGUGCCUGACGGGAAGCGCAAGAAACACCACUAUCUGACCGGAAGGAAUUUCCGGAUAGGUCGGAAGUGGUUGCCACAAACCUCUUGCGUGGAACGCUGGCGCUAUCUUGGCAUCGACUUCCAUGCGUCUGGAUGCGUGACGUUAGAGCAUGAUAUCAAAGUUGCCUUGACCAACAUCUCAAAGGCACCCCUCAAGCCGCAGCAGCGGCUCGAAAUUGUGAGGGGACACCUUAUUCCGAGAUUUUUGCACGGCCUUGUGCUGGGUAAUAUCUCGGAUGAUAGGUUGUGCAUGCUCGACGUCCAGAUCCGGGGUGCGGUUAGGACUUGGCUGAGGCUCCCGAUGGACGUGCCUAUCGGGUACUUUCAUGCCAACAUCAAGGAUGGCGGCCUAGCUAUCCCAUCGCUUCGAGCGAGCAUCCCGGACCUCAUACUAAAGAGGUUCGGGCGGCUUGGCUCGUCGAGUUGGUCAGUGGCAAAGGCCGCCGCCAGAUCCGAAAGGAUCCGAAAGAAGUUGAGCUGGGCCGAUAAGCAAUUCCGAAAGUUCACCAGAGAGGAUCCGGUCACGGGCCUUAGGUCCGUCUCACGGUUUUGGCGCGAGAGGCUGUGGAGCUCAGUGGACAGGUUCGAGUUACGCGAAUCCGCCCGCACUCCCGCGUCCACGAAGUGGAUUCGGAAGGAGUCUUCACAUGUCUCUGGUCGGGACUUCGUGCAGUUCGUCCACACACACAUUAAUGCCCUCCCGUCACGGGUUCGGACAUCCAGAGGGCGCAGGAUUGGUCGUGAGGCGGAGUUGAACUGCCGCGCCGGGUGCGUGGUUAGGGAGACGACGGCUCACACCAUCCAGCAAUGUUGGCGGACGCACGGGGGCCGGAUAAUGCGCCACGACCGUGUAGUGAAGUUAGUAGCAGACGCGAUGGCUUCAGACCAAUGGUCGGUGGUGACGGAACCUCAUGUCAAGACCUCGAAAGGCCUUCGGAAGCCCGACAUAGUAGCCGCUAAAGGGGGCGUCGGAGUGAUCGUGGACGUGCAGCCAGAGACCAUCCAGCACAUCACUGGCGGCUGCCAAGUUCUUGCUGGAAUCGAGUACACCCAGCGCCACGACAAUGUGGCAAAAAUUAUACAUCAAGAACUGGCAGUACAACACGGUCUCUUAAAGGAGACAGAGCCUUACUGGAAGUACAACCCAUCCCCGGUACUUGAGAACGAUUCGGCCCAACUUUAUUGGGACAGGUCGGUUUUAACUGAUCGGACAGUUGAGCAUAAUCGGCCGGAUAUAAUAUUAGUAGAAAAAGAGGAGAAGCGGACAUGGUUGUUGGAUAUUGGUAUUCCAAAUUCGCACAAUGUGCAGAAAUACACCACUGAAAAGAUGGUUAAAUACCAGCGGCUGGCUGAAGAUAUACGACAGUUAAGGCGGCAGCAGCAGGUCCAUAUUGUCCCGCUGAUUCUCUCCACCACGGGAAUUGUUCCUAAAUCCCUUACUGAGAACUUAGCGAAGCUAGGUAUCUCAGUGAGGGAGUUUGCACCAGCUCAUAAGGCACGAAGCACGCAAAACUGGUUGACCGCCCGUGGAAUUGACUUUAUCGGACAUGAAGACAGGCCCUCUUCUAGACCAGAUUUUAACCUACUGGAUUACAAGAUAUGGAAACAUUUGGAGGAGAAAGUCUGCGCUAAGCCUCAUCAGUAUUUGGAAUCUCAACGAGCACCUUUGGCCAAAGCAGCGGCAGAAAUAGAUAUGAACGUGGUGCGUGCUGCGACUGAUAAUUGGUCGCGUCGAUUAAGGGCGUGUAUCUAA